AUGCAAACUCCAGUCGAAUCUUCUCAGCCAAUCCAAGCCCCAUUAAACCCGCUUCCAUAUCCAUUGGCCACACCAAUCAAAGCCCGCGUAAUCUCCCAUCCAUACCCGCUCGCCACCCAUGAUGUUCCAGUCCUGGUACCGUCAGCACUAUCCUCGCUGCAGAGUCAGCCCACUCGCUGCACUUUCCAGACGGAUGAACGACCCAGAACGUAUAUGAUCGAUCCGCUAUUCAACCAGAAUGACAUCAUCCCACGUCGCUGCCUUGUUGACAUCGACGGCCUGGGACCAGCCUGCUGGUUUGAUCGAAUCAUUGACAUUGACCUGUCAGACCUGGGAUAUGUGGUGAUGGAGGGAUGGAUCUUCACUGGAUUUGUGGAAAAAGGAUGGAAUGCAACCCGAUUCCAUGCAAAAGUCUCCUGCGAAAGCUUGGACUUGCCGUACCCUUGGAGAAUCCUCCUCAAUAAUGACCCGGUCCAACUCGGCUUCCAAUACUUCCAUAUGACCCUGUAA